AGAGUAGGUACCUAAUAAAAAGUAUUGUAUUGUUCCUUUGAAUGAAUAACAAUGUUUUCAUUUUAACAUAUAAUCAUAUUCAAUUUCACUAACAUUGUGUAUUGUGUUUUCGACUUAAUACUAUGCUUUUAACAUAAUACUCAUGUUUAAUCAUGAGAUUCCUAUGUGUUGUUAGUUUAAUACUCAUAAUCAAUGAAAACCAGCUUUCUACAAGUAAAGCUAACUCAAUAUCUAUGAUAAAAUCGAAUGCGGCAUCUGAACAAAAACAAUGGAAAAUAAAACUUAAUAUUUAUUUUACUAAAAUACUUCCACCAAUAAUUAAAAAAGCGCCCGGAGUCGAUGUCAGAUUAAAGUGCGAGGCUAUCAUGAACUUUACGAAAGUUGUGAUGCUAACGAGGGAUAAAGAAGGAAUAGAAACAUCACUAAAAGAGUUGCCACCAGAUCAUAUAGAGACACUGAUGACAAAUGUGAAAGUAUAUUGGUUAAAGGAUAACAAGACAAUGUCUGAGAGUUCGCGAGUCAAAAUGAUGACUAAAAUUGAUACAACUAAUGCUACUAUAGGAACUACCCUCAGAAUAAAAAACUUGGAUGUUUCUGAUGAAGGAACCUAUGUUUGUGUUAUAAAACAAAAUUUUGAAAAGAGACUUUCCACUAAACUCUUUGUUGAGCAAAGUCGACAUAAUUCUGAAGACAAUGAAUUUCAAACCCAGUCUUCAUCAAAUCCACACACAGAUGAAGGGGCUGAAUUCAUUUUAGACAUUAAAACAACUCCAAACUUGGUGUCUGAAGGAAUUAAAGUUGAAGAACCUAUUGAAAAUGCAAUCCUCAUACAGAAUUUAGAACCUAUAUGCCAAGAAUAUGUGGGUAAUGUGUGCUCUUCACAUCUUAAGGGACAGUUUGUGUACAUACCAUAUAAUACAACCCAAGCUGCCUUAGAAGAUAAACUUUUUAAAGCAUUUCAAGUUACGAGGUAUUCAAAUGAGAUAAGCCCUAAUUGUGAACAGUUUGCAAAACCCAGUCUAUGUUAUUCCACAUUCCCAAUAUGUAGAAAUGCUUCCUUUACAAAUAAAUACUUUUUCACCAAAGCAAAGAAGUUAUUUAAAGUACUCUUAGAUUCAGGAAAAGACAAUGCGCCAUUAAAAGUUGUCUUUAACAAAUCUCCAUAUGGAUUACAGCCACAAUUACGUCAUAAUGUAAACAUAUCACUAGAAUUGUUUAACUUCAGAUAUAAUUCAACAGUGUUGAGGCGAGUUUGCAAACAGGACUGUGAAAUAUUGGAGAACGAGCUAUGCCAGAGAGAGUAUGCAAUAGCAAAGAGACAUCCUCAUAUUGGUCAGCAAUUAAAUUUAGAAGAAUGCCAAGAUUUGCCUGAAAAAGAUGGUGAAUGCUUAAAAAUUGGCAUUGAGACUUUAAGAGUAAUGGAUGAUGAAUGCUAUUGGGAAAAUGGAACUGGAUAUCUAGGCAGAAUGAAUGUGGCUAGUAAUGGCAUGCAAUGCUUGGCCUGGUCAAAUCAAUUGCAUGUCCUGAUAUCUGAUUAUCCCGAACUAGCUGGCCAACUUAAUUACUGCAGAAAUCCUGGUAGUAUAAAAUCCCAGCCCUGGUGUGUUGUUGAUAAUAAUGGGAAAGUUGAACAACUAUGUGAUAUACCGAAAUGUGCUCAUAAAAUAUGGAUUUACAUCCUAGCUACUUUCAUAGCCCUCAUCCUAGUUAUAACAGGAUUUAUUCUAUGCCUCUUAAGAGGUAAAAACAAGGCAAAUGCAUCUACUAUUAGAGACAUAAACUUGCCAAAUGCUGAUAAAAAUAUUUACGGUGAUUCAAGACUUAGCUCUCCAGUAGAAAUGAACGACUUGCUCACAAAUCAAAAUAAUGUGAACCAACCUCACUUAACUCGAAAUGUAAGAGGCAAUGGAGUGUUAAGAAUACCACAGUAUUCAUUAUCAGAAAUUAAGUUUCUGGAGGAGCUUGGUGAAGGUGCUUUUGGUAAAGUAUACAAAGGUGCACUAAAAAGGAAUGGUGAAACACAAUAUGUUGCUGUAAAGGCACUAAAAGAGAAUGCAUCUGCAAAAACUAAAGCAGAUUUUAGGAGAGAGAUUGAUCUGAUUUCCGAACUGACUCAUGAUAACAUUGUAUGCAUAGUUGGUGUGGCUUUGAGAGAGGAACCUUUAUGUAUGUUGUUUGAGUUUAUGGCGCGGGGAGAUCUUCAUGAGUUCUUAAUGGGCAGGGCUCCUCCGUCUGGCAAAGGGCUCCCUCAAAUGCGGUUACUUAAUAUUGCUCACAACAUUGCAGCAGGUAUGCAGUACCUUGCCUCACAUCACUAUGUACACAGGGACUUGGCAGCUAGAAAUUGUCUAGUAUCUGAUGAUUUUGUUGUAAAAAUAUCAGAUUUUGGUUUGUCUCGAGAUAUCUACAGCUCAGAUUAUUACAGAGUGCAAUCAAAGAGUUUGCUUCCUGUGAGAUGGAUGCCGCCAGAGUCAAUUCUGUAUGGAAAGUUCACUACAGAAAGUGAUAUCUGGUCAUAUGGUGUAGUUCUCUGGGAAAUAUAUAGCUAUGGCUUACAACCAUAUUAUGGGUUCAGUAACCAGGAAGUGAUAUCCAUGGUGCGUGGGGGCGAGCUGCUGUCUGCCCCAAGCUUGUGUCCUCAGCCGAUGUACGCUCUCAUGCGGGAGUGCUGGAGACACACACCGCAGCGACGACCUAACUUUGACGAAAUAGUGCAAAGGAUUCAUGAAUGGAUCCAGAUGGGUGGAUGUCCGGACUCAGUCCCUCUGGAUAGCAGCAGUUCCUGCAGCUACAAGCCACCUUCGUGCCGAGACCUUCAAGAGCGAGCACCGCUCCUGCCACCACAUUGCUCUUCAUCCAACGGUUCUCUCGCAACAGGCAGCCUUAAGAAGUUCAACGUGGCCUCCACUUCUAGGGUAAAUGACGAUAACUUCUCUACGUGCAGUGAUCUACCGCGGCUUGCUCCAAAGACCAAGAAACAUAAUUCUGGAUCCCUCGUCGAUACGGACAAGGUUGGUGUACGAGACACUCUGGUUAGGAUACCGAAUGCUGAUUUUGGUAAUGAGAUAUAGUGUAUCCAUUAGUAUGAUUAUGUGCACUUCUAUUAAAAUGCAAUAAUGGAAUCCCUUCCAUGUGGUAAGCUCUUAACCUGGUUAUGGCACAUCCAUAUUGAUUAAGUUCUGUUGAAUGAUUUAUUUUUCCUAAAUAAAUCCGACCAUAAAAGUAAAAAAUGGUCCAAGGCUAAUGCCUCAUAGGUCAUAUACAGAAGUUUAUACUUCUGUCUCAUUUUGAGUAUCUUAAAAGUUUUUUUACAUAUUAUCAAUAAGCAAUAGUUAUAUUUUGAUAACGAGCGACUGCCAACAGCAUUGCCUUUGUAGAUUUUUUUUCAAUCUAUGGAAGAGAGUUUUGAUCACACUUCCAUAGAGAUUUUACAAUUUUUUUGUGGAAUUUGCUAUAAUAAAAUUAGGCUGAGUAUUUAUUAUCAGCUUUCUGACAGUGAAAGUCUUGUCAAAACAGUUCCAGCCAUUAAUUCGGUGAUUGGCUGGUACUAACAGAUUUAGUAAUGUGCAGCAAACUUGUAUUUAGCUGUAACAUAUUGUGAUUGCAAUAUUGAUGAUACUAUCCCCAAGCAUGUCAUACUUCGUCUUUGCUAUAGGUAAAUGUUUUAAAUAAGUCCCGCUUGUGUUGCGCGGGGGAGGAGAUUCGACGAUUCGAAUCAUGAUUUUUUUUCUGAAAAUCUACAACUGCGCGUUUCGCAAGAAAUUUGCGGAAUCAUCUUGCCCACUGCUCUAUAUUUCUAUACCCAUACGACUUUCAGUCUUUUAAGCAAAGGCACCGCAUCUUUUGACCUUUGGUAAUUCGGUAUGCAUGAGCGGCUUGUUUUUACUUUCUAUACAGGAAGACACUUGCCUGUUUGCAUCUAAAAAAGAGGCCUUUCCCCCCGCUUCCCCCCUGUCGUCAUACCCCGCACCGAGCAGGCGAGGACUCAUUACAGUUUUGUUAUUAAGAACAAUUGAAUUAUCUUUAAGUAAAUAAUUAUCGUUAGUUAGUUAUCUAGGUUAUUGUCCACUGCCGCCUCUAUUUAUUAUUUAGUUAUUAGAGCUUUACGUUAUUGAAUUAUUUAUUUUGUCAACUGAUUGUUUGUUAUAUAAAUGCCAGGGACUGAUUGUUCGGAAUUAUGUAAACGAAUUAAUCAAUAAUACUCGAUGAUUCGUUUAUCUGUUUAGUUUUGGUGGUCGAUAUUGAAGUGAAUAAAUUUAGAUUUCAAUUAAUUUAAUUAAAAUCAUGUCGAACUGGCCCAAUCUUAUUAUCAGUCCACUCUUUUGUAGGUACUCGUUGUUUAGUAAGUACCUAUACACAUCAUGCAUGUGUUUUUCUAUUUCUUUGGCACAGGAUGCAAGUCCAUAUGCUAAUGUUCAUGCUUAAGUUUCGUUACGAGUUACCACUAUACUGUGCAAAAUUAUUAAUGGGAUAUUCAUAUAAAUAAGUAAUUGAAAUUUUGAAGCUUUAAAAAUCUAUUGUUAAAAGACAUGAGUUUUUUAUUCAUACAGAAAAUCCACACAUUAAGGCCAGGUGGAGUAUUAAUAUUACAUUGCAUAGAACGCCAAUGAAAUCAAUUCUUGCCGAACAAAUUUUUAUGUUUUGGAAUGGGAGUCUUGAUUUGCCAGCCUUAGUUAAUAUUUUACAUUUGCUGUGUCUGACUCUUCUUACGAUUAUUCGGUUUGAAUCAUUUUAGUCUCAGCUGAUGGUCUAAACUUCGAUCCUCUAAAUAAAUUAAUGUACUUACAAUCAGGGUGACACAGUUAUCAAUGUCAUUUUAUUGACCAAUGUGCAUGCAUAUUUUGUAAAAUGAACACCUAAUAUAUUAUAAAGCACUGAUUUUAUUAGUGUGUAAUUAUCUAUUUUUUUUUUACUAGCAACAUCGCCCAUAGCUAAUUAAUAGUGUAUUAGAAUUAUAUAAGUAUACAAUGUAUUCUGUUUAACCUGCCUGCCCUUAGUUAUUAAGGUUUUAGUUAAGUUAUACUGUAGAUAUUUAUUGCUAUUUAUUUACCACCAUUUAUAUAAACAAAUGUUUCAAAUAUAAGUACAGUUUCGGUACUUGCCAAAGACUUUUUUGUAUGUGAUACAUUUACUUUUUUACCUAGAUGUAAACAGUGUUUCUAUUAAUAAAUUAUUAAAACAA